UUUGCAAUGAAUUCACACUACGGUUUAUUGUUGUGCGUUUUGGUGUUGUUUUUGGGCCAGACUAAGGCCGACCAGGACGAACUGAAUGUGGUGCGCGUCCUGAAGGAAAUGGGUGUGAUACCAGAGGUGUUCAAAGAACCGCCGCAGCAGCUGCUUAAGAUGCGCUUUGAAAAUGGCGUUGAGAUCAUUGAGGGCGAAACAUACACCCCGACCGAACUGAAACUUCAGCCUGAGCUCGAGUGGAGUGCCGAUGAGGGAUCCUAUUAUACGAUCAUGAUGAUUAGUCCCGAUGCUCCCAGUCGUGAGUUACCCAUAUAUCGCUCCUGGAUCCACUGGCUGGUGGUAAAUGUGCCCGGUACGGAUGUGUCUAAAGGUCAACUGCUAUCCGAGUAUUUUGGCCCAAUUCCGCUCAAGGAUAGCGGUCUCUGUCGUUUUGUGGCUCUCGUCUAUCACCAAUCCGAUAAACUGGACUUUGACGAGCAGAAAAUGGAGCUAAAGAGUUCCGUGGAUCACAGCAAUUUUGAUGUGGAGAAAUUUACACAGAAAUACGAUAUGAGUACACCAUGUGCGGCAAAUGUAUUCCAGGCCAAAUGGGAUAAUUCUGUGCCGGAAAUGUUGAAAACGCUUUACGAUUUGACUGAGUGAGCGUAGGCCGAGGUGCAUAGUAACAACUAUAAAAUAACAUUUUGGUAACGGAUUCCUAUAAUAUAUGCAAUGUAAACAAUA